AUGCCAAAAGAAUUAUCUGAAUGUGUAGAAAAAGCAAAUAAUGAUUCGUCUGUACAUGUUAUUGUUUUAUCUGGUGCUGGUAAAGCAUUUUGUUCUGGAUAUGAUCUAUCAUAUUAUGCUCAAAAUAAAAAUAUACAAGCCGUGCAAGAUAUGCCAUGGGAUUCAAUGAAAGAUUAUACAUAUAUGAAACAAAAUACGGAAUAUUUUAUGUCUUUAUUUCGUUCAUUCAAACCAACUAUUUGUAAAAUUCAUGGUGAUGCAUUAGCUGGUGGAAGUGAUAUUGCUCUAUGUUGUGAUAUUAUUUUAAUGGCUAAUGAAGCACAUAUUGGAUAUAUGCCAGUUCGUGUAUGGGGUUGUCCAACAACUGCUAUGUGGAUAUAUAGACUUGGUAUAGAAAAAGCCAAGCGAAUGUUGUUAACUGGAGAUAAAAUUACUGGUAUCGAAGCUGAAAAACUUGGACUUGUACUAAAAUCUGUUCCACAAGAACAACUAAAUAAUGAAGUCGAAAAACUAGCUCAUCGAAUGUCUACUAUACCAAUUAAUCAACUUAUUAUGCAAAAGCUAAUGAUUAAUCAAACAUUAGAAAAUAUGGGUUUGAGAACAACUCAAAUGUUUGCUACAUUAUUUGAUGGUAUUGCACGUCAUUCACCUGAAGGAAUCGCAUUUAAAAAUCGAUCAGAAAGUGUUGGAUGGAAAACAGCUGUUAAAGAACGAGAUGCUGGUACAUAUGAUUGGACAAAUAAUGUGUCAUUUGACAUUAAAAAGGAAGAUAAUAAUCAAAAAUAA